AUGCGGUUCAUCAGCGAACCCACAACCCCAACUGCCAGCACUCCAAGACCGGGACUGGACGACGGCAGACAUCACCACCGGACCGGCACGCAUCCUUCGCUGCUGACGAGUCGGAGGAAGCCUCGACGAUGGCCCCUGGUCUUUCGCUUCAUCAAGGGUGCCGUGCACGGCGCCAUCAUCGUGCCCGUCAUCUGGCAUGCGAUUUUCACUGCGUUUGUGGUCUGGCUGGACAAGUAUGUGUUUGAGAGUGUUGGGUUGCCUUCGACGAUAAUACCCUCCCUCUCCAUCGUCGUCGGUCUGAUGCUCGUCUUCCGGAACCAGACCUCGUACAACCGCUUCUGGGACGGGCGCAACGGCAUCCAGACAAUCAACACGUGCAUCCGCAAUCUCGUCCGCACGAUUCUGACCAACAGCUACACGACGGCGCGGCCGUUGACGGCGGACGAGAAGCAAGACGUCGAGCGCACCGUCAAGUUCCUGAUGGCGCUGCCCUACGCCGUCAAGAACCACCUGCGCGCCGAAUGGGGCGCCGCCUGGGCGUUGGGGUCCGCCGGCCACGAGAUCGGCGAGGACGGCGCCUCUGUCUUCAACCCCGUCUAUGCCAGCUUGCUGCCCGUCGGUCUCCAGGGCCAUGAGGACGACGGCCUGGCGCUGCCUUUCCAGCUGACUUUCUUCGUCGACAGCUUCAUCAAGCGCGGCGUCGAGCGCGGCUGGUUCCACGCUCCGGGCGCCAGCCAGAUGCAGGCGCAGCUGAACACGCUGACGGACGCCUUUGGCAAGAUGGAGACUAUCAAACUGACUCCGAUUCCGGUGGCUCAUUUAAUCCACCAAAAACAAGUCCUCGCGCUCUUCGGCUGCGUGCUCCCCUUCGCCAUGGUCGACGAGCUCGGCUGGUGGGCCGUCCCCAUCGUCACGCUCGUCAUCUUCACCCUCUACGGCAUCGAGGGCAUCGGCUCGCAGCUCGAAGACCCCUUUGGCUACGACCGCAACGAUAUCAAGAUGGACGCUAUCUGCCAGGAUGCCAACGUUGAGCUGGACGUUAUCCUUGAGGAGUGGAGGAAGACGACUGCUGCGGCAGAGAUGGCUGUUAAGGCGGAAACGACGCCUAAUGGUGGUAGUAGCGAGGAGCAGCAGCAGCAGGAGCAGCAUGCAGAAAACGGCGGAAGCGUUGUUGUUGCUGCUGCUGCUGCUACUCCUCAGGUCAAAUACAACCCCGGAGAUAUGUUUCUCAGAAUACGGCCUUCACCGAGGGCAGAUAACUGA